UUCAGCUCAACAAGUUUGAGUACCGAUGCGUGCGAUGUAUGUCAUAAAUGCCACGGAUAGUGCAAAAGUUUCCGUGAUGGCACAAAUUUGAGAUGUUUUCUAAUAAAAUUAUGCGGCUAAGUUCUUUUAUCAUUGUGUCCGCUUUUUGGAUCAAAAUAUUAUUAUCAAUGUGCGUAUUUUCUUGUUUCACUUCCACAGAAAAGAAAAAUGAGCCUACGAACAAAGUAGCACCUGCACACAGCAAUAAUGUAGACUACAGAGUAGACGAUGCCCAAAAAGUGCGCUUCAAGGAUAGAGAUUAUAAAAUAAAAAUUAAUUUUAACCUAAUAAACUUUGGUAAUGCAACGGACUAUAUAAUUUACCUGUUACCUGAAUCACCUUACAUUUCUUCAACAACUGGAAAAAUAACCAAUACAAGUAAACUAUCAGUAUCAUGGGAAAUAUAUGUUGCGGAUUUAAACAAAACCAUUGACAAUUUUUCAAUAGAUAUUAAAUUAAUUUACAAUUCAUAUUAUGGAUGUAACAAAACAGCUAUACAACUGGAACGUGACGAAUUUCCAA